GCUGAAGAUUUUGUUGAUGUCAGUGGGCGAGUGAAUCUCUUGAAAGAAGAACUGCCCGUUGCUAARACAGACACGUCGUUAUUUUCUUGGUAUCAAUACCUAGUGAAUCCUGAGCCUGCGAUGACACGUGGUCAGACACCAGAAGACAAGGAAGCACAGAAGCAGGCGCAGACUGUCAUCCGGGAUUUACACCCGGAACUAUUGAUAACCGAGAGUAAAUUCCUCCGUUUCGAAUCUCUCAAUGAAUUAAUAAAGGUACUUACGUACACGUCGAACCCGGACAAUUUCGAGUCGAUUGGUGUUCAUUUUGAUGAAGAAUCUGCCGUGUUCUGCUUGGAGUUAUUAAUACGCGUGGUGCUACAAAACAGUUCUCUGGUUGAACGAUCAGUCGUAGGUCUUCUUCGUCUCGCCAUCCGCUUACUUCGUAAAGACGAAAUCUCCUCCCAAGUCCUAACAACGUUGCGAGUCUUACUAAUGAUGAAACACAGUGUCUUAAUGGCGUGUGGUCGACAGAUAUGCUUUGGUCUUCACGAACUCCUUCGAACCAAUGCUUCUAGUAUCACUACCACAAGAGACUGGAUCACAGUGUUUACUCUUAUAGAAUGUGUCGGCGCUGCAGCCACGCCUCCCACCGUGACCGCUAGGACCCCGGCUCCAGCACCAACUGUAGUCAAAGACGUCGAUAGUGAUUCAGCUAUUGGAGAAUGUGAUUCGGUUUCCGACGCGUUAUCGACUUGUGAUAGUGAUGUCGGWUCGUUUACGGCAAUCGAAGCUGAUUCGGGGACAUCUACAUCGGGGGAUACAUGGUUGUUGAUAAAUAAAGAUGAAUCGGAUGAUCUACCGGCGAAYCAGUACGACUUGACGGUCAGUGUGCAGCUCAAUAAACACGAUAGCAAGUGUUUUAUCAAGUCUUGUCAAAGCCUAACCUUCUUGAUCCGUGACUGUAAYCACGUAAGGAAAGAGAAYUUCYUACACUGCAUCCACGCUGUCCGCGUCUAUGCUGAAGCUAGUCUCAACAGCGCUGCCGGACUCCGACAAAACGAACACCAAUUCAAGGACCCUCCGGUCGAACCAAAAAGUGGCCGGUCGAAUAAGAAAGGUUCGAGUUCAAAAUCAAAGAAGAGUCCUACCGGUGUUACUAAAAGAAAAUUCGCUCGUUCUUCUGGAAAUAGUUCAUCUACAAGCGAAGAUGAGGUGGAAAUCUUCGAGACGAUCAAUAACGCGUACGACGCUAUGUCGUUACAGCUGAUUGAACUAAUCUACGCACUACAUACCCACGCCGCAAGAUUUUACGACAAAGAUACAGCAGUCACAAAUAUUAACAAACAACCAAGUCAAAAUGGUCCAAAAGUAGGUCUUACUGCGCAGGCUCCAAUCAUUGGUACCCAGGUCCCAGCGCAUCACGUCCAGGUAGAGGAACCCCCCGAAGCAGGGGUCGAGAUGGGUUUCCUGUGGACUAAGUGUUGGUGCCCUCUACUGCAGGGGAUAGCGAGGCUGUGUUGUGAUAACAGGAAGGAAGUGCGCAUGUCUGCUUUGACGUACUUACAGAGGGCUCUAUUGGUGCAUGAUAUGCAGACGUUGUCUGCUGUUGAAUGGGAGUCCUGCUUCAAUAAGGUAUUGUUCCCGAUGCUGGCUCGCUUGUUGGAGGUCAAUAACACUGGUGAUCCUAUCGGGCUAGAGGAGACAAGAAUGCGCGCAGCAACACUGUUAUGUAAA